AUGAUAUGCCUUGAUAAUUCCGCUUGGAUGAGGAAUGGUGACUAUCGCCCCACAAGAUUUCAAUGUCAGAAAGAUGCUAUAAAUCUUUUAUUUCAGUGUAAAACACGUUCUAAUCCAGAGAAUGCUGUUGGACUAUUGACUAUGGCUGAUGAUGUUCGUGUUCGUUCUACUAUGACUCAAGAUGAUCGUAAAUUAUUCAUCAAAUUACAUGAAGUUGAAAUUGAAAAUGUUUCAAAAGUAAUUCCUGCUAUAAGAACAGCUCAUCUAGCAUUAAAGCAUCGUCCAAAUAAAAAUCAUAAAAUGAGGAUCAUUGUUUUUAUUGGAAGUCCAGUUGAAGAUAUCGAUAAUUCAGAUUUAGUUAAAUUAGCUAAAAAAUUAAAGAAAGAAAAAGUAAAUGUUGAUAUUGUUUGUUUUGGAGAGGCUGCUGAAAAAAAUAAUGAAAUGUUUGAACAAUUUAUUGAAACAUUAAAUGGUAAAGAAGGAAAAGGUUCUAAUAUGGUUAUUGCUACAAAUGGUUUAUUGACUGAGGCCAUUGCAUCUUCUGCUAUAUGUAUGAAUGAAGAUGGUUCUGGUGGUAAUCUUAUUAAUACUGGAUCAGGAUUUGAAUUUGGUAUUGAUGAUGCUGAUGAUCCUGAUCUAGCACUUGCUUUAAGAGUUUCUCUCGAAGAACAAAGACAAAAACAACGAACAGAAGUAGCAAAUGUUGAUGAGGGAGAAAAAAUGGAAACAAGUAGUGAAAAACCUAAUGCACCAGAUGUUGCUUUUAUGACUGAAGAAGAACAACUUGCUUGGGCUUUAAAAAUGUCAAUGGCUGAUGUUGAUAAACCUUCUGAACCUGAAACAGCUUCUAAAAAAGAAGAUGAACCUACAACUGAAAAUGUUGAAACAAAAGAGGAAGAAGAAGCUAUGGAAACAGAAGAUUUCAAUAAUUUGAUGAGUGAUCCUGACUACCUUCGUGAAUUAGUAUCGACAUUAGAAGGUGUUGACGCUUCACAGAUUGAAAGUGCUAUUAGUGGAUCUGAUCCAUCUGUUCAACUUGAAUUUAUGACAGAGGAAGAACAAAUCGAGUGGGCUAUUAAACAAUCAAUGAAUCAAUCCGAUGACAAGAAAAAAACAGAUGAUAAACAAUCUUAA